GUCGGUUCGGUUUGGCAAAAAUGCCAACCGAUCCCACCUCUGGUGUCUCUCGUGUUUUUUUUAUUAAUUUCGUUUUUUUUUUGUCUUAUUAUUCUUUAUUGUUUUAUUAUCUCUUGUAUAUUUCUUGUUCUGCCGAUGGGAGGGGGAGGUGUUAUGGCAGAAACGUUAUCUUCUUUCAUAAAGAAUACUUUCGUUCCUCGCGCUACUAGUGCCAUCAUGUUAUUGGUGGUUCUGUUUUCGUAUAGCUUGAAAGUUUGUUUUGUUUUUGGGAUGAGAUAUAUGAAAUAAAAGGGAACAAGAGAUAAGCGUAACAGUAUAUGUUGGAAAAUACCUAAUAGUAUUUGCACUAACACAAAAAUAAGGGAAAUAUCCAACAUAUAAUAUUAUAUAAUCUAAAAGGAAUAAUUCAAAUGUCUUCUAGGAAAAUUCCAGUACAUCAACAAUCUCAAAUUUCAAAACGAUUUCUGGCUUAAACAACAUCAGUGGUAUACUAUUUAUGAAUCAAAUGAGAAAUAUGCAGUUAUUGCAACAACUCCUUACAGUUCAAAUGAAUUUAAGUUAACAUUAGAUACAAAUAUAGCUCCUAAUCCAGUGAUAACCUAUACAAACUUAUUCAAAAAAGUGACACAUUUAAAACUAUUUAUAGAAGCAGUUAAAAAGCUUUCUGAUAAAUAUUUUCCAAAUGUUAGAUUAUUAACAUUAGCUUAUUCUAAAUUUAAUAUAGAAGAUUUAGAAUCUAUCAAAACAAGUGUUAAUUUAUCUAAUUUGAAUUUUCUCGGCAUUGAACGAGGCUAUACAUUAGAUUCACCAUCAAUUAUAUUAGAAAUUAUAAAACAAGCACCAAAAUUAUCAGCAAUAGCAAUUCCAACAGAAUUUUUUCUUUCAUUCUUUGACAACAAUGAUUCGUGUUUAUUUAAAUCAAAUGAUUAA